AUGGCGCUGUUCACUCUUUUCACCUUUCUCUUUUUCCUCUUUGUGUCUUCUCCUCACUUGUGCUACUCCUUUAAGAGCAACCGGGGGCGCGAACAGACACUGCUAAAUAGUGACCCCACAGAUGUGCACAACUUUGACAAAAAAUUCUUAGAAAGUCAACUGUGGAAAAAAAAUAGGCUCUACUAUGUUUCCUCCAGUAGGAACCUGUUCAGAAACAGCUUCCAGAAGAAUCACGCGCCUAGGGUAAGGAUGGCCCUUUCGCUAUUUAAGGAUAUUAACAUGUCUAAUCUGUUCCCCGGUUUCAAGACGAUUUUUAACAAAAAAUUCCUGUUCGAGCCCCUGUUCAAUUCCCACAAGGACAUCAUCAUGCGAAACAUGAAGAAGAUCCAGUUGAUACAAAAAGGUAACGUGGUGAAGAACCUCGUGAUUUUCGGGGCCUCCUGCUUCACCAUUUAUGCUGUGUCCAAGCUUCUCCUAAUGCUCAGGCGGUUCUUCCAAAACCAAUACAAAAUGAUAAGUGAACAAGAAAUAAAAAUGCUAGGCAAGUACGAAAACCCUCACAUUGAGUUUAAGGACUGA